UGACAACAGUGAAACAACUGAUAGUUGUUUUAAUUUUAAUUUUUAUGUUUGAUUUUGUGAAUUAAAUUAAAACUGUGCGUGUUGAUUUUAAUUUAACGUUUGAAUUACGUUUUUAUAUUCAAGACACCUCUAGGGUCGUGAUGUGUUUUUAGCUUUUCGAAAGAAUAAAUGUUAAUUUUGUUGUGUUUUUGUUCAUUCAGUUUAAAGUAUUUUCGAAUUUAAAUGUGUUAGUUAAUUUUUUGAUGCGUGUAAAAGUAUAUAAAGUAAGGUGAUUUAUAGGUGCUUUAAUAUUUCGUAUAGUAGAAAUAAGUAGAAAAUGAGUGAAAAUCCAGAAAACAAGGAAAUAAAAUCGUCUGGUUUGAAACCGCCUACAAAAAUACCCACAAUGGGAGUGUCAAGGAUACCUAGCUCGUCUUCCAUCAAGCUCGAUGGGUACCAUUCCACUGUCACAAAACUAAAUGGCGGGCCUUCCAAUGCAAAAAGACUCGCAGAUAUUCCGUAUACUGGGAAACAGAACGGUGUAAGCAAAGAGGAACGAAAGUCUUCAAGCGGUUCAGAUUAUUCCAUGGGCGAUUCUCGUAGACUUAGCGAGGCUGGUGUUAGACGUAGUUCAGGAAACAGCGUGGUCCUGACCGAAGACACGGACAGUUUUAUAAUAGGUGAUCGAGUUUGGGUGGGCGGUACCAAACCGGGACAAAUUGCGUACAUAGGGGAAACCAAUUUCGGCACUGGCGAUUGGGCUGGCAUAGUACUCGACGAGCCCAUUGGCAAAAACGACGGAUCGGUGGGAGGGACGAAAUAUUUCCAGUGUUCGCCCAAAAAAGGCAUAUUCGCCCGUUUGACUAAUCUCACUAAUGCUCCUCUGGGAUCCGCCGAAGACUCUAUAGUUCAAAGCUCGUUCGCCAAAGCCAAACCGUUAGGGUUCUCGACUCCCAUGCCAAAGCGACAGACAUCGAACGUGACGGCUCCUGUUUCUACUGCUGCCGUGCAAAGAAGCGUUGUGAAAAAUGUUAACCAAACCCCUGCGUCAAGGGGCAACAGCGAAUUAAAAGUGGGCGAUCGGGUCAUUAUCAGCAGCGGACAAGGCUCCAAGUUGGGGGUGUUACGGUACCGCGGUGCCGCUCAGUUUGCUCCCGGCGAAUGGUGUGGUAUCGAAUUGGACGACCCCCUUGGGAAAAAUAACGGCUCCGUAGAAGGAAUCAAAUACUUUGAAUGUGAAGAUAAAUUUGGUUUGUUUGCGCCUAUCGGUAAAGUAUCAAAAUCGCCAAUGUCAGCUAGCCGAAUGUCCUCCAACUGUGCCAUUCACAAGACAAAUAAACGUUCACCCGGCUCAAUGAGUGGGUCUAUGAUUAGUGGCGUUACAGCAACAACUAUGUCAUCGAUACCAACUCGGGUAAGACUCGGAGUCGCUUCUUUGCGCUACAAGCAAACAAAAGUAUCGGAUUUAGAUAAAUUAAAAACACAGUUAACUCAGUUGAAAAAUGAAAAUGAACUUCUACGUUUACAAGUUACAAAAGCAGCUAAUCAAGCGGAUGUGGCCGAAAAACAGCUCGAAGAAACUCUUAAAGCGCAAAUUGCGAAAUCGUCUCAAGACAAUAGCCUAUUAACGCUGCAGAGUCAGUUAGACACAUUAAAGAAGCAAUUGGACGAUGAGAGGGAAAAAUUUCAAAAUUUACAAUUUACCAUCGAAGAACAGAACGUAGCCAAUGUGGAGUUGCAGAAUAAAAACGGCGAACUUUUAAUAAAAAUUAAAGAACAAGAAGCCGACUUGGAAAAGGAGAGAAAUCUAGCCAAAGAUGUCGAAGUGGAAACGAUGAAGAAUUUUGAAAAAGAAGAGGAGCUUUGCAGGUUAAAAGAAGAGUUGGACUCGUUGAAAAAAGUCAUAAACAACAACGAGGACGAAUUGCAAAAGUCUGUGUCGAAUUUGAGUACCGAAGUGAUAGAUAAGGAUGCUCUUUUGAACACACUUCGUCAACAGUUGAACGAAAGCACACAAAACCACGAGCGCGUGUUAAAAGAGACGAGUGAAAAACUAGCAUCGACCACGGAACGUUUGAACAAGGUAAUCGAAGAGAAGGAUAAAAAAAUUGAACAGAACCAAGAGAUGAUCGAUCAGUUGAACGAGGGUAUUAAAUCGUUAAGUGCGCUGAAAAACGAGGAGCACGACGAAAUCGUGAAUGGACUUAAAAACGAAAUAACCAAGCUGAAAGAUGAACACAAAAGUGUUUUUGAUCAGAACGAACGAGAUGUCAAAAAGGCGAUUGAACAACACGAGUUAAUGGUAAAAGAGCUUAACGACAAACUCGACGGUUUGUCGGACACUAAGAGUCAAGAAAUCAGUCGAUUACAAGAAAAAUACAACGAUGCGUUGCGGUUACAAUCGGCCGACCAACAAACAAUUGCAAAUUUAAAACUAGAGUUAAACGCUACUGUCGAUAGCCUAAACCAGUUGAAGAUCAACAACUUUAUAUUCAGCAAAGACGUUUUGGAAGCGGCACUGAAACAACAAAUGGAGUCCGCCAUGGUAACGGUUACACAUCUGGAACAUCAGUUUGCCAAAGCGGUAGUGAUUACGGAUAAACAAAUUAAAACAUGCAACACCGCGGUAUUGCAAAUCAAAGAACAAAUAGUCAAAUCUAAAGCUCAAACGGAAACUCUGUACGAAGACAAACUAAGAGAAAAAGAAGGAGAAAUCGAAAUUCUGACAAAAAAAUUAAACGAGCUUACGGAUAUUGUCGAACAACGUGAAAUCGGAAACAAGGAGCUGAACGAUCAGUUGACAAAGGCAUUGAAAACAGCAGAAGAAAAAUCUAAUCAAAUAAUUGAAUUGGAAAAGAAAUACAACGACUUGGAUACGCAACAGAAUUUGACCAGAAACGAACUGGAAAAAGAGAUGGCGGGACAACUGAAAACGUUAAAAGACGAGUUGGAAGACAUAAAAUUGAAAAAAUCUGCCAUGCAAGAGGAACACGAAAAGUACGUCCGGGAAAUGGUGAAUUCCAUUGGCGUCAAAGAAGAACAACUGAACGACAACAAGGUCGUAAUAGAAAACCUCAAGUCUUCGUUGGCCGAUUUGCAAACUGCCAAACAAAACGAUUUAGACGCUCAAAGCGAACGACUUGCGCAGAUAGAAAAUGAAAAACAAGAAAAUUUCAAACGCCAUAAUUCAGAAUUGACUGUCAGAGACGAGCAAAUCAAAACGUUAUCGAACCAGCUUACAAAUGUUGUCGAACAACAUAAAAUCGCAAACAAGGAGCUGAACGAUCAGUUGACAAAGGCAUUGAAAACAGCAGAAGAAAAAUCCAAUCAAAUAAUUGAAUUGGAAAAGAAAUUCAACGACUUGGAUACGCAACAGAAUUUAAGUCGGAACGAAUUGGAAAAAGAGUUGGCGGGACAACUGAAAACAUUGAACGACGAGUUGGCUGACCUGAAAACGAAAAAAAUUACCAUGCAAGAAGAACACGAAAAAUAUGUCAAGGAAACGGUUAAUUCCAUUAGCGUCAAAGAAGAACAACUGAAUGCCAACAAGAUAAUAAUAGAAAACUUCAAGUCGUCGUUGGCCGAAUUGGAAACUGCCAAACAAAACGAUUUAGACGCUCAAAGCAAACGACUUGCGCAGUUGGAAAAUGAAAAACAAGAAAACCUCAAACGCCAUGAUUCAGAAUUGAUUGCCAGAGACGAGCAAAUCAAAACGUUAUCGAACCAGCUUACAAAUGUUGUCGAACAACAUAAAAUCGCAAACAAGGAGCUGAACGACCAGUUGACAAAGGCGUUGAAAACAGCAGAAGAAAAAUCCAAUAAAAUAAUUGAAUUGGAAAAGAAAUACAACGACUUGAAUACGCAACAGAAUUUAAGUCGGAACGAAUUGGAAAAAGAGUUGGCGGGACAACUGAAAACAUUGAACGACGAGUUGGCUGACCUGAAAACGAAAAAAAUUACCAUGCAAGAAGAACACGAAAAAUAUGUCAAGGAAAUGGUGAAUUCCAUUGGCGUCAAAGAAGAACAACUGAACGACAACAAGGUCUUAAUAGAAACCCUCAAGUCGUCGUUGGCCAAAUUGCAAACUGCCAAACAACACGAUUUGGACGCUCAAAGUGAACGACUUGCGCAGUUGGAAAAUGAAAAACAAGAAUACCUCAAACGCCAUGAUUCAGAAUUGAUUGCCAGAGACGAGCAAAUCAAAACGUUAUCGGACCAACUCGAACAGACGUUAAAUGAAAAACAAAAACAACACUCGAGCUACUCCGAUUUACAGAAAACGCUUAAUACGGAAAUUUCGAAUUACCAGAACGAAAUCGAUCAACUGCGAGAUCAAAUUAAUGAUUUACAGUCGAUGAUCGCCUUAGACGGCGACAAAGCCAGCGAUGAAAUCGAAUUGUCACGUAAAGAGCUUGAAAACAUAAAGUCUGAAAAUACAAAACUUUUAGACGCUUUAAAAACUUUAGAACACGAGAAAACAACGCUUGAGCAUCAGUUGGAAUUGAUCGGUACACUGGAAAAGGACGUUAAACGGUUAAACGAGGAAAUCGAAGAGAAGAGCAAAACGAUCGCAGCGAACGAUUCGAAAAUCGAGCACAUUAGCGAAAUGGCGAAACAAGCUGACGUGGUAUUUAAUAAUAAAUUAAAAGCAAAGGACGAUGAAAUUGAACGAUUGUUCAAAGUCGGAGAGGACAAAUUGGUAGCCGAAAGAAGCACUUUGGAAAAACAAACGAAACUGAUUUUGGAAGAAAAAGAAAAAGAAAACGCCGGUCUUCGGGAAAAGCUAAGCGAACUGUACGACGUUAAAAUCGGUCUUGAAAAACAGUUGGAAAUUAGCAAAACGCACGAAUUGCAAGUGAAUACGUUGAACGAAACCGUCCAAGAGAAAAUGAAAACUAUUGCCGAGAACAAUGCAAAGAUAGACGAGUUGAACGAUUUGGUUACGAAGGUCAAACACGAUUUCGAAGUGUCCACAAAAGAAAAGAAUAAUAGGAUAAACGAAGUAUUAAAAGGCGAAACGGAGAAAUUGGAGUUGGAAAAAAUAGUCGAACAAUACAAGAUGUCGAUGGACGAGAAAGAUAGAGAAAUAGUCGAAUUGAAAAAUUGCCUACAAGAAGUUGCGGGAAAAAAAACGGAAAAGGAAUUGAUACUCCGACUAGAAUCGGUUAACACCGAUUUAGAAAAAGAGAAAACCCGUGCGGUCAAUUUGGAAAGCUUAAAAUGUGAUCUAGAGAAGAAAAUAUCGGAAUACAAAAAGGAUUUAAACAGCAUGGAAGAAACAAAAACUGAAAUGUCCAAGUCCCUUGACAAACAGCGAGAACACAACACCGAACAAAUAAACCAUAUUAAAUCGGAAGUCCUAUUGCUAAAUGACGAAAAUUUGAAAGUCAAGUCGGAAAUGGAAGAUUACAAGAGCAAAUUGUCGGCUUUGCAAAAAACAUUAAACGAUAAAAACCAGGAAACAGAAACUCUCAAAUUACUGUUGUCUGAAAAAUCAACUUCCAACAGCGAAAUGGAACGGUUAGAGACUUUGCUUGAAAAACAAUGCGGUAAUCGUGAACAUUUGGAGUUCCGCAUUCAAGAACUUACGGAUGAAAAUCACCGUCUUAAUGAAAGGAUAGAAAACAUCGGCAAGCCUCUCCAAGACAACAAUCUGAUCAAUGAGAAACAAAAGCUCGAGGUAAAAUACGAAGAAACCUAUAGUAUGUUGAAAAUAAAGGAAAAUCACAUACUAGUUUUACAAACAGAGCUGAACUCGUAUAAGUUAAAAGACAUUGCAAAAGUUAAAAAUCACAAUGUUCAAGAAAAGUCAGAUGCACAUAUUCUGGCGGAAAAGAACGAAGAAGUAAAAAUGUUAAAUUCGAUAAUAUUGAGUUUACAUAAGAAGUUAUCCGCUGUUAUGGAAACUGAUGUUUCCGAUUAUGAAAUUGAUAAAAAUCCAAAUGGACUUACAAAAGAAGAAUACCAGAAACUGUAUAAAACGGCUAAAAAUAACGUUAAGCUCAAAGAAUGUGAAAACAUGACAUUGCAGCAAGAGAUAUCAAAAUUGAAAGCUGAAAAUGACCGUUUUGCCGAAUAUAAAACUAAAUGCGAUAGUUUGGAAAAAGACAAGAAGAAGUUACAGCAAAUAGUCGUUAAUAAUGAAUCUUCUCGCGAUGGUGAUAACAAUAAGACUGGCACAAAAUCUGAAACUGCAAAAAUACUGGAAGAAAAAGAUUGGCAAAUCAAUUUAUUAAACAACAUUAUUGCCGAUCUCCAUGCAAAGGUAUCGGAUAACAAGUUUAAAAUGGAAUCGCUCGAAAAGCAAAUCUUGGAUUCCGGAAGUGGUCAAAACAAGAAAGCGAGAAUUAGGACCGCCCGUUUGUAUUGUGAACAAUGUGAGAUAUUUGAUGCUCAUGACACUGAGGAUUGUCCCGAGAAACCGGAAUCGCCAAAAUUUCAGAAGAAACACAGAAUUGUUAAUAACGAUAACGACGAUACAUUAGUAGAAGAACCUUUUUGUGUUUGUUGUGAUAUGUUUGGACAUACUGCAAAUGAAUGUGAUAGUUCAUUAACGUUUUAAAACGUGCUUCCCAACCAAUACGCCGAAUUAAAAAAAUUUCAAACAAAAAAAACAAAACAAGGAAUAUGUAUUUUAAUUUAUUAUUAGAUUUUAGUUAUACAUUUAAUUUUUUGUUUAAAAAAAAUAUAUAUCUGUGUAAGACUGAUUUUAAUGUUUAAGUUUAAGCUCAGCCUUGUUUAUUUAUUCGACUUUUUUGUUUGUUAAAAUGUAUAUCAAAUCUUAUGUGAUAUUAACUAUAGUUAAUGAGUUAUAUAUGUGGGCUUUCUGUUAUUAUGAACACUGUGGUUAUGCGUAUUAAAAUUGUAUAAUUUUUUUUAAAGUUAUU